AUGAUCUUCCAGAAAUCUAGCGAUUUGAAUGGUUCUGGCAAAGGACAGCGAGUCAAAAGAAGAAGGUUAAUUUCUUCUGAAGACUCCGUUGCAACGAAACGUACUACCAAAAAAAUAAAAAGAAUUAUGCCAUCGAAUUCCGCCAGCGAAGCAACCCAACCACUGACCGAGUUUCUCCUUUUCGAAAAACUUCCUCAGGAGAUCAGAAGAAUGAUAUGGAAUUUAACUUUCCAAAAAGACGUUGCUGUGGAGGUAAAAAAAAAUGGUGGACUCUAUCCCAUGAAGAAUGUAUUUGAGACUCCCCGCAUCCCUGCCCUUCUCGUUAAUCGUGAAGCGAGGGAGGAAGCUCAAAGUCACAUGCGGAAAACAGUCAUGUUUGGAUCUUUCCCCUUCAAUAAACAGUCCGACACCCUCCACCUAUUUUUCCCACUUCAAUUCUGGGCUUGCUGGUUAGACUUCGGAGAAAGCAGUCCACUGUCUUCUCUGAAAGUCAAGCACAUCGUUUUGAAUGGAUUCUUCUUCCGCAGAUUCCUUGGAAUCGACAAUUCUUCAAUCGAUCAACUCGAACGUCGCACUCAACACUUUUUCACCAUUCUCUCGAAAAUGCCGGAGUUGAAAACAAUUUCUGUACCCACCACCGGAAAAGAUAUAUCUUCGCGGCACAAAAACGGGAAUCAAACGGAAACAGAGGCUCAGAAGAUGACGAAUUUCGAUCUGAUUGCCAAAACUUACUGGAAAAUGGCCCAAGAAUUCCAGGAAAAGGAUUGCCCGGAGUGGAAGAUACCAAGUUUGAUCUAUCUAGACGACCAAUCGAACAAACCGAAUCAUUUUUCCGCCGACGAAUAUUAG